CUUUAUCUACUACGUAUCUCUCUGAGUUUCGUGCCCAACACGUUUUCCUUUGAUAUUUCUAUCUUCCAGUUAACUAUUUAAGCAGCUAAGAUGUCAGGUUUCUUUUUAUAACCAUCAAAUUUCAAUUUCACAAAAAUCACAAUCUAGGUUUUAUAGUCAAACUUCAUCCUCAUUACACUCAAUUUAGGGUUCUUCUUAACUCGAUUAUUCAACUAUUGAUUGUAAUCAGCCUGAUUUGAUAAUCAAAUAUGGGAGAAAGGAAAGUGUUAAACAAGUAUUACCCGCCAAAUUUCGAUCCCAGUAAAAUUCCAAGACGAAGAAAACCGAAAAAUCAACAAAUGAAAGUUCGAACAAUGUUGCCAAUGAGUAUUCGCUGCAAUUUUUGUGGGAAUUACAUGUAUGCAGGCACUAAAUUCAAUGCCAGGAAGGAAGAUAUAGAAAAAACAUAUUUAGGGAUUAAAUGUUUUAGAUUCUAUUUCAAUUGUACGAAUUGCUCGGCCGAAAUUGUUAAGAAGACUGAUCCUCAGAACUCUGAUUAUGUAAUUGAGGCUGGUGCAACGCGGCUUUUCGAGCAUUGUCGAAUUCGAGAGGAUGUGGAGUCGGAAGACACAGGGGAUGUAAUGAAGGGGUUGGAGACUAGAAUGUUGGAGUCGAAACGAGAGAUGGAUUUGUUGGCAAGGGUUGAGGAGUUGAAGUCUGUGCAGGCGAGGCGUGGGGGAGUUAGUGUGGAUACAUUGCUGGAGGAGUUGAGGCGGAGGGGUGAGGAAAAGAUGGUGGAUGAAGAGGAUGAUGAGGCGCUUGUUAAAUCGAUGUUUGGUGCACGGUCUGAGAAGGAUGUGUAUGUGCUUCGGAUUGAUGAUGAUGAUGAUGACAGUGAUGAGAUUGCUGAUAAUGUCUGUGUGAAGAAACAGAAAGUUUCUGAAGUCGAUUCGAGUAAAUUUGUGACUUCAGAUGUUAAGCAACCUGUCUUGCAGUCUAAGGCUCCGGCAGUCAGAUUCAUGGUGACGAGGAAACGAGUUCAGAAAUCAGGCGGCGACAGUGAUGCUGUGAAGAAGGAAGAUACUGCCAGUGGACUUCAAUCUCUUUGUCACUAUGAUAGUGAAGACGAAUAAGCACACAGAACAUGAGCCUCUGGCUUCAGUACUCAGAUUCAUGGUGAUGAGGAACCAGCUCAGAAUUCAGACGGCGACAAAGACUCUGUGAAGAAUGAAGGGAUUGCCCCUUGUAGUGAAGAUGAAUGAGCAAACAGAACAUAAUAAGGAACAGCAAGGAUUUGAUCCCCAUCAUCAGUAAAAAGUAUCUUGUUAGAUGGAAGAGGCAAGUCGUUGAUGCCGAGGCUCUUAG